AUGGACCGUGUUGCGCUCGAUAGUGCUGCCGUGAAGCUGUGUCCCCAAGUGUCGGCUCUCGCUCCGAACCAUACCUCGAAAGCAUUGGAACACAACCUGAAGUUGCUUGCGUCGUCGGAAUACAGAAAUAAAUCCGCACACUACCUCUCUGGCGCAGUCCAAAUCCCCACCCAAUCCUUCGAUGAUCUCGGCCCCGUCGGUGAAGAUGACCGUUGGGACGUCUUCUACCCCUUCGCCAAAUGGCUCAAGAACACCUUCCCCGAAGUGCACAAGCACUUGACGUUGGAGAAAGUCAACACCCACGGUCUCGUCUACACCUGGAAAGGCACCAACGAGACCCUCAAACCUUUGUUGCUCAUGGCCCACCAAGACACCGUCCCAGUCCCGAAGCAGACGUUGGACAAAUGGACCCACGACCCCUGGUCCGGCCACAUUGAUGACACCUACGUCUACGGUCGUGGCUCUUCCGACUGCAAAAACAACCUUGUCGGAAUCAUGGAAGCCGUAUCCCUCCUCCUCAACGCAUCCUUCACCCCAACGCGCACCAUUCUCCUCUCCUUCGGCUUCGACGAGGAAAUUUCGGGUUACAAAGGAGCUGGAACAAUUGCGCCAUGGCUUGAGGAGAAGUUGGGGAAGGAUAGUCUGUUUAUGAUUUUGGAUGAGGGCAGUGAUAUCAAGGAGAUUUAUGGGGCUCUUGUGGCGUUGCCGGGGACGGGGGAGAAGGGGUAUAUUGAUGUGAAGAUCACUGUCAACACGCCUGGUGGGCAUUCCUCUAUCCCACCGCCUCACACUUCCAUUGGGAUGUUGGCGGAAAUUAUCACGAUUGUCGAGGCGGACACGUAUGAUUUGUUGUUGACCCCCGCCAACCCGUUUUUGGGAACGAUGCAGUGUGCUGCCGCUCAUUCACCCGAUAUCCCAUCUUCGUUGAGGGAUGCGAUUGUCUCGAACGACUUACAGGAUGCCGCGGAGAUUUUGGCAGGCGAUAGAGCGAACGAGUACCUGAUGAAGACCUCCAUCGCGGCGGAUGUCGCGUAUGGUGGUGUCAAGGUCAACGCACUGCCCGAGGAAGCGGUGGUGGUCGUGAAUCAUCGUGUUGCGGUUGAGGGGCGGACACAGGACGUCAAGGAUAAGUUGACAAGAAUCUUGGAACCGAUCGCGAAGAAACACAACCUUACAUUCCUCCCCUUCACCGACAAGCCGACGGACAAGGACUCGCAUUUUGGAACUCUAAGGAUUGAAACCGACCGCGUCCUCGAACCCGCCCCCACCUCUCCCCUCAACUCCUCCGCCUGGUCUCUCCUCUCCGGCACAAUCCGCCAUGUCUUCCCCCCCUCCACCAUCGUUGCUCCCUCCAUCAUGACCGGCAACACAGACACCAAAUAUUUCUGGAAUUUCACGAGGAAUAUUUAUCGGUUUGGACCGUUUAGGGAUAUGUGGAAGGGGAACAUUCAUACGGUUGAUGAGAAGGCAAGUGUGAAGGGGCAUGUUGAGGGGGUUAAGUUUUAUCAUGAGUUGAUUAGGAAUGUGCAGGAGGUUUAUGCUGAGUAG